UUUCUGAAAUUAAAGUAUUAUUCGGUAAUCCUGCAAUCUAGGAUAAGAAUGAUAACUGCAGUUACUUCUUAUAAACGGUAUCUUUGGGCCACAGUUACAAUUCAGAGGCACUGGCAUGCUUAUGUAAGAAGAAAACGCGAUCAACAGAGAUACAAAAUUCUAAAAUCAUCAUCCCUUCUAAUCCAGGCUGUGUUCAGAAGAUGGAAGCAACAUAAACUGCAAUUACAAAUAAAAGCUGCGAUAAUAUUGCAAAGAGCUUUUAGAGAGUGGCAUGUCAGAAAACAAGCUAAAGAAGAAAAGUCUGCUGUCAUCAUACAAUCAUGGUAUAGAAUGCCCAAAGAAUUACGGAAAUAUACGCACAUUAGAUCUUGUGUUGUGACCGUUCAGACAAGAUUUCAGUGCGUUCAAGCCCAGAAGUUAUACAAAAGAAGAAAAGCGGCUCUACUGACUAUCCAGAAGCACUGCAGAGCAUAUCUGCAAGGGAAGACUGAGCGCACCCAUUAUCUCCAGAAACGGGCUGCAGCUGUCCUACUACAGAAGGCCUUCAGUGCCUGGAGAGCCCGUGAUGCGCUCCAGCAGGUGAGAGCUGCAUGUGUGUUGCAGUCAUAUUGGAAAGCGAGACGAGACAGAUUUCAGUUUCUAAACCUUAAGAAAAUCACCGUCAAAUUGCAGGCACAUGUAAGAAAACAUCAUCAAUUGCAGAAAUAUAAGAAGAUAAAGAAAGCCGCCCUUGUAAUUCAGGUUCAUUUCCGAGCUUACCUUUCAGCAGUGGAAGUUCGAGCAUCUUACCAGAAAACACGUUCUGCUGUCAUUGUUCUACAGUCUGCAUGUAGAGGAAUGCAAGCCAGGAAAAAGUUUAUGCAUGCCCUCACAGCUGUUAUAAAGAUUCAGUCAUAUUAUCGAGCUUAUAUUUCCAAAAAGAAAUUUCUGAGUCUAAAAAAUGCUGUGGUAAAGCUACAAUCAAUUGUCAAGAUGAAACAAACUCGUAAACGGUAUUUACGUUUAAGAGCAGCGGUGCUGUUUCUCCAGUGCUGGUACCGUUCCAGGGCAGCCGCAGCGCUAAAGAGGGAGGAAUCCAUGCCGGCGCAGGAAUCCUGUAUUAAACCGCAGGCUUUUGCUAGAGGACACCUGGUUGGAGAGAUGAGGCUGCAGAGAAAAGCUGCUGUGUCCCUGCAGUCUCACUUCAGAAUAAGGAAGAUACGGCAGCACUACCUGCAUGUUUAUAGGGCGACUGUUGUCAUUCAGAAUCGCUAUCGUGCAUGCAAAGCGCAAGCCCGUCAGAGGAAGGACUUGCACGUCCAAAGGGCAGUUACUUGUUUACAGGCAGCUUACAGAGGUUAUAAGGUACACCGGCUAAUCAAACAACAAUCUAUAGCUGCUCUUAAAAUUCAAACUGCUUUUAGAACCCAUAGAGAAAGGAAGGAAUAUCAGUUUGUGCUUCAGUCCACUAUUAAGAUUCAGAGAUGGUACAGGGCAUACAAGACUGUUCAUGAUAUAAGAGUAUACUUUUUAAAGACAAGAAGAGCUGUGAUUUCUCUCCAGUCUGCUUAUCGUGGCUGGAAGGUUCGGAAGCAGAUCAGAAGGGAACGUCAAGCUGCAGUGAAAAUUCAGUCUGCUUUUAGGAUGGCCAAGGCCCAGAGUCAGUUUAGACUAUUAAAAUCAUCAGUAUUAGUCAUCCAGCAACAUCUGAGAGGACGGAGGGCAGGAGUAAAGCAUCAUGAGGAGUCUGCCGAACUCCGCUGUGUGGUGAUGACGCUGCAGCGUACAUGGACCGGAAAGCCAGGGAGGGUACAGAUCCAGAAGCAGCACCAAUGUGCUGUCAUCAUACAGUCAUAUUAUCGGAUGUACGUGCAGCAGAAGAAGUGGAAAAGCAUGAGAAGAGCUGCCCAUCUGAUUCAGACAUAUUACAGGGCUUACAGUAUUGGAAGGAAACAGCACCUUUUGUAUUUGAAAACCAAAGCAGCCGCAGUAGUUUUACAGUCAGCUUACCGAAGUAUGAGAGUGAGAAAAAAGAUGGAAGAGGGCACCAAAGCAGCAGUCACCAUCCAGUCUGCACACAGGGCUCACAAAGUCAAGAAGAGGAACACAACCUACAGAGCUUCAGCUCUCUCAAUUCAGAGGUGGUAUCGACGUAUUAAGAUUGCAAACCAGCAGCGCAAGGACUACCUUGAUUUAAGGGAGACAGUGAUUAAAAUCCAAGCUGUUUAUAGAGGUAUUAGAGUAAGAAGACAUAUUCAGCGUAUGCACACAGCAGCUACUUGUAUUAAAGCCAUGUUUAAAAUGCAUCAGUCAAAAAGAAGAUACCACCAAAUGAUAACAGCAGCUGUCGUAAUUCAGGCUGUAUGGAGGAGAUAUAAAGCCAAGAAACAUUUAUGUAAAGUGGAAGCUGCUUGCAAGAUUCAAGCCUGGUACAGGUGUCGGAAAGUGCGGAAAGCUUAUCUGGCUGUACUGAAGGCCGUUACACUCAUGCAGAGCUGCUUUUUUGCCAGACUGGACAGAGCACGAUUUUUGAACAUGAGAGCAUCAACAAUUAUCAUUCAGAGAAAAUGGAGAGCUAUACUUUGUGGAAGAAGAGCUCGUGAGCACUUUUUAAUGAUAAAAAGACAUCGAGCUGCCUGUUUGAUCCAAGCACAUUUUAGAGGCUAUAAAGGGAGGCAGGUCUAUCUUCAGCAGAAGUCUGCAGCUUUGACCAUACAGCGAUACAUACAAGCCAGGAGGGCUGCGAAGCAUGAAAGGAUAAAAUACUCUGAACUGAAAAAAUCUACGGUUGUUUUACAAGCACUGGUGCGUGGUUGGUUAGUGAGAAAAAGAAUUGUGGAGCAGAGAACCAGAAUUAGGCUUUUGCACUUCACAGCAGCUGCGUUUUAUCACCUGUCUGCUCUGAGAAUUCAAAGGGCGUAUAAACGUCACACGGCUUUGAAAAUCCAAAGUAAAAAAAAAUUGUGUUUUAUACAGAGAUGGUUUCGAGCAAGACUGCAGCAAAAGAGGUUUAUUCAGAAAUGUAGCAUCAUAAAAAUCCAUCAUGAAGUUAAAGAAUGUAUGAACCAGCAAAAUAAGGCUGCAUCAGUAAUACAGAAAGCAGUACGACACUUUCUCCUCUGUAAGAAACAGGAAAAAAUUAAUAAUGGGGUCACUAAAAUUCAGGCAUUAUGGAGAGGAUAUUUUUGGAGGAAGAGAAGUGACUGUACGAAAAUUAAAGCUAUACGACUAAGUCUUCAACUUGUUAAUAGGGAGAUUCGAGAAGAAGAUAAGCUGUACCAAAGAACCGCUCUUGCGCUCCACUGUCUUUUGACUUACAAGCACCUUUCUGCUAUUCUUCAGGCUUUAAAGCACCUGGAGGUAGUCAGCAGAUUGUCUCCACUUUGUUGUGAGAACAUGGCCCAGAGUGAAGCUAUUUCUAAGAUAUUUAUUUUGAUCCGAAGUUGUAAUCGUAGUGUCCCUUGUAUGGAAAUCAUCAGCUAUGCUGAACAAGUCUUGCUUAAUGUUGCUAAGCAUGAGAAAACUACCUCAGCAGUUUAUGAUGUAGAAAAUUGUGUAGAUACAUUAUUGGAUCUUGUGCAAAUGUACCGAGAAAAACCUGGUGACAAAAUUGCAGACAAGGGCAGAAGCAUUUUCACUAAAACAUGUUGUUUGUUAGCUGUUUUACUGAAGGCAACAAACCGAGCGUCUGUUGUUCAAAGUAGGCCUAAAGUUGUUGACCGUAUUUACAGUAUUUAUAAACUUAUAGCUCGUAACUACAAAAUGAAUACUGCAAGACUGCUUUACAAACAAAGGACAGAUUCUUCUAUGAGCGUUCCCUCUAUUCCAGAAACUCCUGUGAGAACCAAAAGAGUUUCACGACUUAAACCAGCCUGGGUUUUAAGAAGAGAUGACAUGGAAGAAAUCACAAAUCCCCUGCAAGCUAUUCAAAUGGUGAUGGAUACACUUGGCAUUCCUUAUUAGCAAUGUAAGCAUUCUCAGUAUGUAUAGUAAAAAUCAAUAUUAAAACUAAUCAUGAGUAUGUAAACUGUUUUUAGCUUUCUUUGUACAACUUCUAAAAUCUGACUUUGUAUUAAAAUUAAAA